GUUAACAACUCCCCAUUCUCUCGUCAACCAUCAACCUCUUGUCUCUUGCCACUCCUCCUGAAACCAGGACCAGGAAAGCCAUCUACAGCCUCUUUCUUGCUAUCUUGUUAAGACUUCAGAUUUGAGACUCAUCAGUUCUCUGUCAUCUUUCUUUCUUCCAAUCUUUCAGUUUAACAUAUUGCGUUCCUAAGUCCCAACUUCGUUAAAGACAAAAACUGUAUUUGUUCUAACUAAGGAUUCUAUAGCACAAGCAAACAAAAGACGAAAAAAAAAUGGGAGUUGCAGGCACUUUGGAGUACUUGGCUGAUUUGAUUAGCAGCAGAACAGCCAAGAAGAAGAAAAUAAUGAAUACUGUUGCCCUCAAGAUCAGGAUGGAUUGUGAAGGCUGUGCACGUAAAGUUAAGAAGACUCUGAAAGGAGUUAAAGGAGCGAAAAAGGUGGAUGUGGAUUUGAAGCAGCAGAAGGCGACAGUAACAGGUUUUGUUGAUGCAAAGAAAGUGUUGGAGGCAGCUCGAGCAACUAAGAAAAAGGUUGAACCAUGGCCUUAUGUGCCUUAUACUCUGAUGGCUCAUCCUUAUGCUGCUGGAGUCUAUGAUAAGAAGGCACCUCCAAAUUUUGUGAGGAAAACUGAUGAACCUGGUGUUGCGACGUUAAACCCUGUGGAAGAACAGUUUCUUAUGUUCAAUGAUGAAAAUCCUAACGCAUGCUCAAUUAUGUAAUCCCUUUUCAACUUUUUGUUUUUGUUUUUUGGCCUUUCUUUCGCUUGCUAUUGUACAGUUACUAGUUUGAUAAGUAUAUAUAUCUUGUACUGGUAGAUAGCUCGUAGCAUUAAAGCACCAUAGGAAGAGUGGAAUCAUGGUGGUUUCCAUGGCACUCUGGUUUUUAUGUUUGUUUAUGAGUAUUUUUCUUUUUGUUUCGAUCUUUUUCAGGUGAAAUGAGAGAUAUGUAAUCAUGCAUGUAUUUGCAAUUAAGAAGAAGCAGUUUCCUUGAAAUUAAUGAAGCUCUUUUUUACUGGGAAGAA